CUGGAAGACUAAUCACAACAGAAUCAGAUUGAUUAACGCAGUUGCGAUAUGAAUUCACGUCAGGCUUCCUACAUAACGUCGACGUGGAAGCGAGUCUUUGUCGAUACGGGCGCGAUACCCCUUCCUUCCUCCCCGUAUUCAUUUCUUCGUUGCGUGUGCUCUCUGCCUGUGUUCAUACGCUAGGGUUCGAAGAUGAAUGGAAUCCGGUAUUCCUCCUUCAUACAUCAGAGCCGCUCCUUCGAGGUGUAUCCUCUGACUUCCGAUUUGAACCAUUCCCCCAAAAUCACGACAACCACUCUUCUGUCCUCAAUGGCCGUUUCCCGGUCUCUCGAGUCACAACUUCCAGUUUUGCCAGAAUCCGUCGAAGACUCUGCGCGUCGAUUGUCGAUUAUCGCCGGUAUCUCGAUUUCUUCUGUUGCUCUCUUAGUGGUUCUAGGAACCGGAUGUAUACUCCAAUGGCGCAGGCGGCGCCUAUCCCGCGAGCGCAACAUCGCCGCCGUCGACCUCGAGAAGGAGCUGCCAGUCGAUCCAGAACGAGCGUCACUGGACUCGGUCCCCGAGACGUGGCAGCAACAUCAAGGACCGAUGGAACACGCUCAAACAUUACCCUUUGGCGAUCUCGAAGUGCCAUAUUCCCACUCCGUCGCGGCUGGGCCGGUUCCCUUGAGCGAAGAUAAACAGGAAACGACGGAAAUGGCUUGCUCGGCGGCAAGAUUGCAUUUAUCUGCCGGUCCAUGGACAGACACAGAUGCCACAAAGAUAUCAGUUCCUCUCCGACCAUUCCCCAGUGUUCCACGUACACGAUUGCACACAUUGGUCCUUCAUCCAAUCUUCGAUGAGUGCACGCACAGAUCACAUGCUCCUGAUCCAGGCAUCCUGUCAAGCGAUCCUGGUGCUCUGUCGCCGACUGCCAGGGCCAUAACGAAACACCGUCCGUUGUUGGUUCGACCCUUGCCCAAGAUUCCUGUGCCCGUUGAUAUAGAAACGGAUACCGAGUCCUUGAUAAUCUGAUCGAUUAUGAUGCAUCUUGAAGAUAGCGCAGGCCUAUAUGUACUUCUACACAGAGAAUCGAUGCAUGUGCAUGGCAGAUGAAUACAAAAACUGUCAAGAAUA